CAGGCCUUCCUUGCACAGCAGCGGGAUCAGUGGAUCUUUAGAAGCACCUAGCUGUGUGGAUACUGACUGCAGUUCUAUUAUAAACAAUUACCUGGACGGGACCCAAAGAGAGGCCAUGGACUCCAUGAGUGGCAUGCACUUCAGUGAUAGCAACAGAAAGGUUGAUUAUGUUUUAGUCUACCACUACCGGAAACGCCUCACCCAGCACACCUCCAUGGCCAUUGUUUCAAAUGGAGAGACCAAGAAGGGUGGCCUCAAUCUGCAGCAAGACAAUGGCCAGCAUACCCCUCAGGAGGCUCAAGUGAUUGAGCUGGACCCACUGGACACCCUGGAGGAGGAAAAACGACUGCAGAGGGAAGAGUAUGAAUGCAAUCUCGUGGCAGCUGGACUGGAGAUUGAGAAGGACAUUGAGAAUAAAAGCCAAGGACUGAACUUUGUUCGUAUUCAUGCAACUUGGCAAGUACUUAGCCGAGAAGCAGAACUCCUUAAAAUAAAAAUGCCCACUAAAAAGAUGUACGAAAUCAAAAAAGAAGAGGGAAUAAUCAAAAAGUUAAGUGAAAUAUGGUGCAAAUUGUCUGAACCUCUGCAACCCCAAGUGCCACAAGAAGAUACCAGGAUGAAAAGCCUGUCUUAUCCAUUUUCCAGAGAAAAAAUGUAUUUGUAUAACAUCAGAGAUAAAGACACAUUUUUUGACAAUGCUACCCGCAGUCGACUAGUAUAUGAGAUUUUGAAGCGCACUUCUACAAAGACCAGAAACAGCAUGGGUAUUAGCACAUUAAUAGCAAACAACGUUUAUGAAGCUGCAUACCCACUUCAUGAUGGCGAAUAUGAAUACCAAAAUGAUGAUAUGAAUGAAAGAAAGUUGCUGUAUCGAGAAUGGGCAAGAUAUGGAGUAUUUUACAAGUUUCAGCCAAUUGACCUCAUAAGGAAGUAUUUUGGGGAAAAAAUAGGACUUUACUUUGCAUGGCUGGGCUUGUAUACAGAAUUUCUCAUUCCAUCUUCAGCUGUUGGGAUUAUUGUAUUUCUUUAUGGAUGUAUAACCAUUGAGAGCGACAUUCCUAGUAAGGAAAUGUGUGACCAGCAUAAUACCUUCACCAUGUGCCCUCUCUGUGACAAGUUCUGUGAUUACUGGAACCUCAGCUCUGCGUGUUCUACAGCUCGAGCUAGCCACUUAUUUGAUAAUCCUGCCACAGUCUUCUUCUCCAUCUUUAUGGCUCUCUGGGCUACUAUGUUCCUUGAGCAGUGGAAGCGUUUACAGAUGAGGCUGAGUUACUUCUGGGAUCUGACUGGACUGGAGGAAGAAGACAAAGCUGUUGAGUGGCAUCCGAGACCAGAGUAUGAAACCAAACUGCUGCAGAAAAAGCUGAAAAACAAAAACAUGAAUACAGAAAAUACAAAUGAAGUAAACAAAUUGACUUGGAAUGAUCGUAUGCCUGGAUAUGCAGCAAAUUUUGGAUUGAUUUUAUUUAUGAUUACACUGACAUUUUCUGCUGUAUUUGGUGUGAUCGUAUACCGCAUUACUACAUCAGCAGCUUUGUCAUUCAGCACAAAUGAGACAACCAGGUCAAAUGUUCGAGUGACUGUGACUGCGACUGCUGUCAUCAUUAAUCUCAUUGUCAUACUUAUACUUGAUGAAAUUUAUGGAGCUGUUGCCAAAUGGCUGACAGAAAUUGAGAUGCCAAAAACAGAGAAAACUUUUGAGGAGAGACUGAUUUUGAAGGCAUUCCUAUUGAAGUUUGUGAAUUCAUAUGCACCAAUUUUUUAUGUUGCCUUUUUUAAAGGAAGAUUUGUUGGCCGUCCUGGUCAUUAUGUGUAUGUGUUUGAUGGUUACCGAAUGGAAGAAUGUGCUCCAGGAGGCUGUUUGAUGGAACUCUGUAUUCAGCUUAGCAUCAUUAUGCUUGGAAAACAAUUGAUUCAAAACAAUCUGUUUGAAAUUGGAAUCCCGAAAUUAAAGAAGCUUUUCAGGAAGAUGAAGGAUGAAAGAACUGAACCAAAGGAAAUGGACACCAACCAACCAAAGGACCCUCAGCAGUGGGAUCUUGACUACAGAUUGGAACCUUUCACUGGGCUGACUCCAGAAUACAUGGAAAUGAUUAUCCAGUUCGGCUUUGUCACACUCUUCGUUGCCUCCUUUCCUCUGGCACCACUCUUUGCUCUUCUGAACAAUAUCAUAGAAGUUAGGCUUGAUGCAAAAAAGUUUGUUACAGAACUAAGGAGGCCAGACACAGUAAGAGCAAAAGAUAUAGGAAUUUGGUAUAACAUUUUGAGUGGUAUCGGAAAGCUUUCGGUUAUUAUUAAUGCUUUUGUAAUUGCUGUCACAUCUGAUUUCAUUCCACGCCUUAUGUAUCAAUAUGCAUAUAGUCAAAAUGGAAGCAUGCAUGGCUUCAUCAAUCACACGCUCUCAUACUUCAAUGUCAGUCAUCUCAAGGCUGGAACACAACCAGAAAACUCCCCAUUUGCACAGGAUAUUUUAUUCUGCAGGUUUAAGGAUUACAGAGAACCACCUUGGUCCCCAAAUCACUAUGAGUUUUCUAAACAGUACUGGGCGGUCUUAUCUGCUCGCUUGGCUUUUGUUAUUCUAUUUCAGAACUUGGUGAUGUUCCUCAGUGUUUUGGUUGACUGGAUGAUUCCUGACAUUCCCAAGGACAUCAGUGAACAAAUCAAAAAGGAGAAAAGUGUGCUUGUUGACUUCUUCUUAACGGAAGAGCACAAAAAACUGAAAUUAAUUGAAAGCUUUAUCACAUGUGACAAGCGCAAACAUGAAAGUGGGACCAAAGACCAAAGAAUCAGAGCUGCAAGCUUCUCUCAGUUUAAUCAGAGUCAGAAAGGCAGCAUUGUCUCCUUCAGUUCACAGCACACAGAAGUGUGA